AUGACAUCUCCGCAAAGCUCGGCCCCGGAUAGGCUCAAAACCUGGCACGAUGGAACCGAACAUCUCGCCAUCAAUGACACACCGACGCGCAGGAUCUUGACCCGCCUCGCCGUCCGCCUCACCACUCUCCUACGCCCCAAGUCCCGCAACGGGGCCUGCAUCUUCGUGUCCAAAAACAUGGUGGUCAAGAUGGGCUUCCGCGUGCACCUGCAGGAGGCCGCGGCCAUGAGGUUCGUCGCAGAGCACGCGCCGGGCGUGCCGCUGCCCAAGGUCUACUGCGCCUUUGUGCACAAGCACCGCGCAUACAUCGUCAUGGAGCGCGUCCACGGCGAGUCGCUGGCCAAAGCCCGGACCCGCCUGGCCAAGGACCGGCGCGCGGCCGACAAGAUCUUCGGCCAGCUGCGCCGGAUCCUCGACGGGCUGCGGGCGCUGCCUCCGCCUCCUGGCGCCGGCGUGCAGAGCUGCAACGGAGGGCCCCUUCGCGAUACCCGCAUCCCGAUGGCGUUUCCCGAGUUUGGGCCCUUUCGGACGGUGCACGAUUUCCAUAGGUGGCUCCGCGAGGACUUUCAAACGUCGGAGCGCCCCGAGAACUUCCAAGGCGACGAGCAGGACUGGCUCGAUCUUGAAGAGAUGACUGCGAUGCAGGACGGACCCUGGCCGGCGCCGGUUUUCACUCACGGAGACCUUAAUCAGAGCAACAUCAUAGUCCGCGGCGACGAGGUCGUCGCCAUCAUCGACUGGGAAUUCUCUGGGUGGUACCCCGUUUAUUGGGAGUACACGUCCGCCUGGACCACACACAUCCUAAACACAGAGUGGCAGGGCGCAAUCCCCCGAUUCCUGGAGCCGCAUCCUGGAGCGCUGAAAAUGGAGCGCACUAGGCAAAGGUGGUGGGGAGAUAUUUGA